CCCCUUGCUAUUGAUAAAAACGGGUCUGCACCGUUUCGACGAGACAGUGUUUUGUGUGUAAAACACACUAAUAGUUACCAAUCAGUCUUUUCUUAAAAUAUUGGUUAUUCAUUAUCAUACAACGACACUUGACGGCAAUACAGUGAGGAUCACUCCAUAACAUGAACAGUCCGGAAGAAUAUCAGACCGAUUUGGAGGUGAUUCUGGAAUUUCUUGAGGAGCAUUACAGACAGGAAUCUCGAAGAAAAGCCCUGUGGAACAUGAGGGACCACUCUGUCGUGCGAACCAGUGAAGAUGUGGACAUAUCUGGAAAGAAUCUUCCUGCCGCAGAACAUUUCAGCAAUGCACUAGAACAAGAAAAGUCCCAGCUGCAGCCUCCUGCACCUGCAGCUCAGCAGGUCAUGGGAUCUCUGGCCAAAGCAAACGGAUCUGACUCAUAUAAGGACAGCAGGAUGAAUUGCAACAGCAAUGCCAUAACUGAUCAGUCACCGGUCCUUCACAAUGCACCCGACGGGCAAGUGUUAAAUGCCCCAAAUGGACCAGAGAGACCUUUAAUUCUGAAUACAACAGCUGAAAAGCGUGCUGAAUCAUUGCCCAGCAUUACACCUGCAGAAAAAGGGAAAAAGCUACGUCUUUUCCACUUCCUGUUCGAGAUGCUGGAGGACCCAGGCAUGGGCCACUGUGUGUCCUGGGUGUCGGCUUCAGGAGGUGUCUUCCAAUUUUCUGCUAGGCGCAAGGAGCGCGUGGCAGAGCUAUGGGGCCAAAGGAAGGGCAACCGAAUGCCCAUGACCUACCAAAAAAUGUCCCGUGCCCUGCGAAAUUAUACUCACUCAGGGGAGAUCAUUAAAGUGAAAAAGAAACUGACUUAUCAGUUUAGCGUUGCUACCCUCUCUACUUUACAGAGCCAACAUGGUAUAAAUAAAGCAGCAUGUGGGUCGAAAUGAAAGCUCAGUGAUUGUCUUCAGUAUGUUUGGGCCAUUAUUUGUUACUUUUAUGAUAUCUUAGCUGCCUUGGUUACAGGAGGAGGGUAAAACUAGUGUCUAUUUUCUCUUGCUCGACGAAGGUGAUGAACUGUGUUGUUUUGAACAGCAGACUCUUAUGGAGAUGAUUUACUUUUUGCUGUUCUUAGCAUAUCUUGAUGCAUUUAAAAAAGUAUGUCUUUUGUUGCCAUGUUUUAUAAAUAAAACACAAUGUGUACGUUUGUCAUAUACUGUAUAGUUAUCCUUUUUCAUUAUAUUUUCCUUUAUCAGUUUUUCAGCUGGAACUAAAAAAGAACUAA